AUGGAAGCGAAGAGUGAGAUCGCAAAAGAUGUCACAGAUCUUAUUGGAAACACCCCUAUGGUAUAUCUCAAAAAAAUAGUUGAAGGUUGUGCUGCCCAAAUUGCAGCCAAAUUAGAGUAUAUGCAACCAUCUGCAAGUGUCAAAGACAGGAUUGCAUAUAGUAUGAUCAAAGAUGCAGAAGAUAACGGCCUAAUUACUCCCGGAAAGAGUGUCCUUCUUGAUGUAACCAGUGGUAAUACCGGCAUUGGGCUUGCAUUUAUAGCUGCAGCUCGUGGCUACAAACUCAUGAUAGUGAUGCCAUCAUCUUAUAGUCUUGAGAGAAGGAUUGUUCUUAAAGCUUUGGGGGCUGAGUUAUACAUUACAGAUCCAGCCAAAGGUUCUGAUGGUGUGCUUCAGAAGGUUCAAGAAAUACUAGAUAGGACCCCAAACUGUCAUUUUCUUCAUCAGUUUGAGAAUCUUGCCAAUCCAAAGAUCCAUUAUGAAACAACUGGACCAGAAAUAUGGAAGAGCACACGAGGAAAAGUUGAUAUUUUCAUUGCAGGGAUUGGGACUGGAGGCACCGUGACGGGAGCAGGAAGAAGAAUCCAGAAAUAAAGGUAUAUGGUUUAGAACCAACCGAAAAUGCAUUUCUAAAUGGAGGACAACUAGGGCCACAUAAAAUCCAAGGAAUUGGUCCUGGUUUAAUCUCACCUGUUCUCGAUCUCAGCAUCCUGGAUGAAGUUCUUCAAGUAUCUAGCGAUGAAGCUAUUGAAAUGGCAAAGCUUCUUGCAUUGAAAGAAGGUCUGCUGGUAGGAAUAUCAUCAGGGGCUGCAGCUGCUGCAGCAGUACAAGUAGC